GAGAAGCGGGAGAGGGGGAUUCCCGCUCCCGCUGCCGCCCCGCCAGCUUUUUAAACAGUACCCUGGGGAAUACUCUCUGGGAGCCGUGGGAGGAAUGGGGGAAAUGGAGGUUAAGAGCGAAAAAUGAUGGUCCUGGGGGAUGAGAGUAGAGGUUUGACGAUUAGGCGUCAAGGCUGGCUUAGACCGGGGGAAAACCAGAGCCGAUCGAGGUGAGGCCGAACGCCCGGCAGGGGAAAAUCCUCCUGAGAUGGAGUGGAAACUGGAGCGCACCGCCCCGCGGAGGGUCCGGACGGAAGAAGAGAUGCUGUGGGUGAGUAACGUCCUUUUGUUUCCCAGCCCCGACUCCCUGAAGGGGACUCUGCCCGCUGAGGAUCAACAGGAGAACGUCAUGCGGGUGCUCGCCAAAGACAUGAAGCAAAAGAGAAGUCAAGGUUCUCCCAAGAUAUUUGACGGAGUUAAUACUACAUAUUCUAACUUUAAGAGCAACUUUGUGAAGAGACUGUCAGCAGAGGUUCCCGUUGACAGUAGCCCAAUUACCACCAGAUGGCGGCAAAGCCAAACCAGGGAUCUGGAAGUUGAUUCCUUUGAGGAAGAGCGUUCAACCACUUACCUCCCAGAAGCUUCUGGAUCCGUGCUGAAGAUAACUCCUGAAAAAGAGACCUUGAUUCUAGGAUCCUACAAAGAACCACUGAAGACCCCCAUCAAAGGGAAUUUUGAAACAAAUAACUCAGCUCUCCAUUUUUGCAAGGCACCUCAUGCACUGGGCAGAGGCUGGAAUGAAAAUGUUGCCUCAAAAGGCCAGAAAUGCCUAAACCAGCUAUUUUUGACCCAGAAGGUGGCUCAGUGGGUUAGUGGGAAAAUGCAGCUCUGUGAGAAAUCCCAAUGUGUUUGGAAAGGCUGCAGAGAUGGAGUCAGAGAUGAAUCCUUCCAUCUUAAAAGAUUCAAUGGUAUAAACUAUUCCAUACUGCAACCAGAGGUGAAGUUUCAUCUUACUGGUCUUCGAAAUGACUAUUAUCUCAAUAUUCUAGAUUGGAAUUUUCAAAAUCUUGUUGCUAUAGCCCUUGGAUCCUCUGUGUACAUCUGGAAUGGGGAAAACCACAAUAAGAUUGAAAAUAUAGACUUCACUCUCAAUUGUAACUAUGUAUCUUCUGUGUCCUGGAUAAAAGAGGGAAACUGCCUGGCAGUUGGCACCAGCGAGGGAGAAGUACAACUAUGGGAUGUGGUAACUAAAAAGCGGCUGAGAAAUAUGCUUGGUCAUUUGUCAGUGGUUGGGGCUUUGAGCUGGAAUCAGUAUAUUCUUAGCAGUGGGUCGAGGUUGGGCCGAGUUUAUCAUCACGACGUUCGGGUAGCCCGGCAUCACGUUGGAACACUUCACCACCAACAAGCUGUGUGUGCUCUGAAGUGGUCGCCUGACAGUAGGCUGCUUUCCAGUGGCUGUAGUGACGGACUGCUGACUAUAUGGCCCGGUGACCCGAGUGCAAAAGCACAGGUUCAACCACUGAAAGUCAUACCCCAACCUACAGCAGUCAAGGCCAUGGAUUGGUGUCCCUGGCAGUCUGCAGUCCUUGCUGUUGGAGGCGGAAUGAAGGACGGACACUUACAUAUCUUGGACAUAAAUACUGGGCAAACUAUCCAGACCCCAAACAUGAACUCACAGAUUUGUUCCCUAAUCUGGCUCCCUAAGACAAAGGAGAUUGCAAGUGGCCAAGGUACUCCUAAGAACGAUGUGACAAUGUGGGCCUGUCCCGGUCUGGCCAGGUCGGCUGGAUUUUUUGGCCACAGGGGCAGAGUGCUGCACCUGGCUUUGAGUCCAGACCAGACCCGAGUGUUUUCUGCCGCAGCCGAUGGCACAGCCUGUGUAUGGAACUGCUGUGAGUCGUCACUCAGCCCCUCUGUGAGCUCCAGUUUCCUCACUUUGAAGUGAGAAUGAGGACAUUGGCCUUGUCUUCUCCAUGGGGUUGUGGUGAGGAUCAAAUAGGAUAAAGUGCUUUUCUUGCGGUGAAUGUCUGUUUUCCUGACUUUCUUUCUCAGGUUGCUUUAUUCUCACUUCCUCCUGUUGGAUUUCCCAGACAUUGUCUUGGCCUCUUUUCUACUUUCCUCUCCCUCCUGCUCCUCUUCUUCCUCCUCCUUUUUCUUCUUUUUUCUCUAUCUCUUCCUUGUUAGAGAUGCAUUUCCACUGCUAUAGUCAGAAUAUCUAUAAAAGAUUUCCAAACUCCUUUUUCCCACUUGACUUUCCAAGCUCCAGCCUCACCCUUCUUUCUGCCUCUGGAUAUUUCCUUUCUGAGAUCCUUUCUUAUCUUUAGCUCAAACUCAGAAUGUUAAAAAUACACACAAAUAAUGUUUUGCUUGAAAAAUAUUGGUUAAAAUCCUACUGUAUGGUAGGCAGUAUGUUAA